AUGCCGCAUCACAGUAAAACUAUCAGUGCCCACGUCGUCCUGCGCAACACGGACCUUUUCCAUUUGAUCGCCGAGUACCAAGGCGGCCUCUACCACGAUCUCCAAGCCCAUGUUGCGACGGCGUCGUCGGCGUGGCUAGAGAUGCUGCACAAAAAGACCUUUGCCGCGCCGCGCCCGCAGCUGCUCUCCGACUACAUGGCCCAACAGUCGAUGUACGCGUUCUUUGGCCAUAUUGAGCCGACGAACCAAGCCACGUUUGCAUUCCACCUCUCGAUUCUGCAAGGCGACGCCCACACGCUCAAGCGCUGGCUGCGUUGCCGUCCGAAUUAUGCGACCGACGACGCGAUCGAGCUGGCGACGUACUGCGACCACGCCGCUCUUGUUGCCGACCUGCGACGCGCCCAAGCUUAUCCAGGCGCCUACUGCUUAAAAGACGCCGUGCCACCAAAGAAAGCACUCUCCAAACUGCGCUACAUCGAAGCCUAG